AAGUAAAAUACACAUGCGGUCAAACCGCGAACUCUCCCCAAUUCCGCAAUUCGUUCUCUAGGGUUUUGAACUUGCGAAUUCCCUGCAAAACCUUCUCUCUGUCGCUCAUUCUCUACUCUAAACCAUGAGCAGAUCCGGGCAGCCACCAGAUCUCAAGAAGUAUAUGGAUAAGAAGCUUCAAAAUGAUAUGGUAAGCUUUUACCAUAUGUUGAUAGGAAUUUUUGAAAUCAUUAGUUUAUCCUGCAUCUUUUAUGCAGUCAAGCUAAAUGCAAACCGGAUGAUUGUUGGAACUCUGCGUGGAUUUGACCAGUUCAUGAAUUUGGUGGUUGAUAACACCGUUGAGGUGAACGGCAAUGAGAGAAAUGAUAUUGGCAUGGUGGUGAUAAGAGGAAACAGCGUUGUCACAGUAGAAGCCCUUGAACCUGUUGCGAGAUCGCAGUGAUGUAUAAUUAUAUAUGAAUAUCAGUCAGUUGUACUUCCAACUCUUUGUACUUUCGAAGAUAAUUUCUGCUAGUAUGGAUGAAUGGGUAAUGCUUCAUGGAUCUUAAGUGGAUUCAUUUUUCUGUGCCUUUUUGGUGUUCUACAUUUAUCUGUUCAAAGUUGGCCUUGUAAAACACUAAAACAGCUUUGUUCUUUGUCAAUUAUAGUUUUCUUAAUUGGUAUGAUUUAGGUUUGACGUUUA